AUGACUUCCGUCAAUACGCCCGAGGAGCAGGCCAUCGCCUUCCUUCUGACCUGUGUGGAGAACUCCCAGAAGGGCAAGAUCAACUGGGACAACGUGUCACUCGAUAUCGGCGUCAAUAUGACAGCCGAGGCUGCGAAAUACUACUUCAGCAUUGUAAAGAAUGCCAAAGAGUUUGAGCGCUCUGACAAAUAUCCCGAACUUCUUGGAGACCCUUCCUGGCUGUCCGUCACGGCCGAUGAUGCUGAGAUUCCCAUCAUCAUUGUCGAAGGCCGAAAUGAUAUCAUUGAUUAG